AUGGACAACACAACCUCAGCUCCAGAGGAAGACGAUAACACUGUCUUCAUUUCUAAGGAUAAUAUUUACAGGAUCCCUGCACUGUUCUAUGACAGUGACAGAAAAAUCCUGAUGGCCUUUGCAGAGGAGAGGACGGAUUCAAGUGAUACCAGCUCAAAGGCGCUGGUCAUGAAGACAGGAACUCUGCACAAGGAUGCAACAACCCAUGAAGUGAAAGUAAAGUGGUCUGAGCUCAAACUGGUAAAGGAGGCACAUAUUGAGGGAUACCGUCCCAUGAACCCCUGCCCACUGUACGAGAAAACCAGCAAGACCCUCUUCUUCUUCUUUGUUUGUGUUGAAGGCACCACCUCUGAGUGUUCCCAGAUAUGCCGCAACCAAAACAAGGGUCGUCUCUGCUACAUCACAAGUAAAGAUGGCGGCCAAAGUUGGAGUGGUGUGACUGAUCUUACGGGUAAACUGCGUCAAAUCAAGAACUGGGCUGUGUUUGCUGUUGGUCCAGGUCAUGGCAUCCAAACAGAGGAUGGAAGAUUGAUUGUCCCAGUUUAUGGGUAUGAAUCACAUUGGGUAAUUUGGAAGCGUAAACCAUAUUCACUCUUUCUUUACAGUGAUGAUAAAGGGAAAACAUGGCAGUUUAGCAACAAAAUUGAAAAAGUGUCUCUUGAGUGUGAAAUGGCAGAGGUGUCUGAUGACACAGGCCUCAAGUCCAUCUACUGCAAUGCUCGCAGUAAGGGAGGCUGCAGAGUGGAGGCUCUUAAUAAGAAUGAUGGGAAUGGAUUUAGCAUCCUCCAGUCUAAGCUGGUGGAGACAGGUGGAGGCUGUCAGGGAAGUGUGGUGUCCUUUCACGCUCAAAGUGAAGAUGCACAAAGCCAGAAUGCAAACAAGUGGCUGCUCUACAGCCACCCGAGCAGUAAAUCCAAACGCUCUGAUUUAGGGGUUUAUUUGAACAAGGUGCCGAGCGACUCUAGUGCAUGGAGUAAACCCUGGAUCAUCAACAGAGGACCCAGUGGUUACUCUGACCUGGCUUACAUUGGUGAUGGGUAUUUUGCUCUACUGAUGGAGUGUGGGAAGCACAGUGAGAUCGAACAGAUCGCCUACAAAGUUUUCAGCCUUGAGGAAGUCAUUCAGGGCAUAGGGGAGUAAGACUAUUGCUGAUAAAUGUUGCAGAGGGACACCUUUCUCAACAGCAACCUGACAAAAAGAAUUUCUAUUCUCUCAGAUUUUCAAAAAUACUGGGGCGCAGAUGGCCUAGUAGCUUA